UUCCACAGGGGCUCUGGAAGUGUUUCUGCAAGUGCUUCUGGAGAAAAAGAGAAAAUUUUAUUUUUCCUUUUUUUUUUUCCCUUUAUUUUAAUCGUAUUCAGUGCAGGAAAGGAUGUUGUUCUGCCAGGUUGGCCAGGCUGGUUCCCCGAGGUGACACCGGGGUCCCCAUCGCCGGCAGAGGGGCCAUGGCCAUGUAGUGCCCGCCGGGAGCGGAGAUGGCAGCGCAGAGGAUCCGGGCGGCCAACUCGGGAGGGCUCCCGCGCUGCCGGUCCGAGGGCACCCUCAUCGACCUGGGCGAGGGCUUCGCUGAGACCGCGCUCUGCGACGUCAAAGUGCCUUCUCCCAGUGCCUUGCUGGUGGACAACCCCACGUCCUUCGGGAACGCCAAGGAAGUCGUAGCCAUCAAGGACUACUGCCCCACAAAUUUCACCACCCUGAAGUUCUCCAAGGGGGACCACCUGUACGUGCUGGACACGUCGGGAGGGGAGUGGUGGUACGCCCACAACACCACAGAGAUGGGCUACAUCCCCUCCUCCUACGUGCAGCCCGUCAGCCACCGCAACUCCUCCCUGACCGACAGCGGCGUGAUCGACAACCUGCUGGAGAGCCCCGACGAGGCCGUCAAGGAGUUGGACCUGCUUGGGGAGUGGACUGAUGUGAAGAGAAACUCUGCCAAAUCCUACCACAACAACCCCUUCCUGAACGGAGUGCAGACCAACCCGUUCCUGAACGGCAAUUCGCAAGCAGCGGACAGAGAGUCCGACUCCAGCGUGGCCGUGGACUUGUUGCUCUUCGACGCGGCGGCUUCCACGGCGGCUCUCCCCGGUUCGGCCGCCAACAGCAGCCUGGGGAACCUUUUUGAUGAGUUUCCCUCCACAAACAGGCUGGAUGUGGAGCAGCCCGUGAGGAGGGACAACCCCUUCUUCCGAAGCAAACGCUCCUACAGCUUGUCCGAGCUGUCUGUCCUCCAGGCCAAGUCGGACGCGCCGGCAUCGUCGGGUUUCUUCAGCGGUUUGAAGUCUCCCACCCCUGAGCAGUUCCAGAGCAGGGAGGAUUUUAGGACAGCCUGGCUGAACCACAGGAAGCUGGCUCGGUCUUGCCACGACUUGGAUUUGCUUGGCCAAAAUCCCGGCUGGGGCCAGACGCAGCCGGUGGAGACCAACAUCGUGUGCAAGCUGGACAGCUCCGGCGGGGCCGUGCAGCUGCCGGACACCAACAUCAGCAUCCACGUGCCCGAGGGCCACGUGUGCCCCGGGGAAACGCAGCAGAUCUCCAUGAAGGCCAUGCUGGACCCGCCGCUGGAGCUGAACAGCGACAAGUGCAGCACCAUCAGCCCCGUGCUGCAGAUCAAGCUCAGCAACAUGGAGGUGAAGACCUUCAUCAUCCUGGAGAUGAAGGUGUCGGCGGAGGUCAAGAACGACGCCGUGAGCAAGGGCCUGGUGGGGCUGCAGUGCCUGCGCAGUGACAUGAAGGAGGGGCCCUACACGCCGAUGCAGCUGAGCUAUUCCUAUGGGGACACCAUCCAGGUGCAGCUGGAGAACCUGGAGCCCUGCAUGUACAUCGCGGCCGUGGCGCAGGGCCAGAACAUCCUCUACCCUUACACCGUGUGGGAUUACAUCAGCAAGAAGAUCACGGUGGGCGUCUACGGCCCCAAGCACAUCCACCCUUCCUUCAAGACCGUGGUGGCCAUGUUCGGCCAUGAGUGCGCCCCCAAGACCCUGCUGGUCAACGAGGUCACCAGGCAGUGCCACAGCCCGGCUCCCGUCGCCCUGCAGCUCUGGGGGAAGCACCAGUUCGCCCUGUCCCGGCCCCAGGACCUCAAGCUCUGCAUGUUCUCCAACAUGACCAACUACGAGGUGAAGGCCAGUGAGCAAGCCAAGAUCGUGCGGGGCUUCCAGAUGAAGCUGGGCAAGGUCAGCCGCCUCAUCUUCCCGAUCACCUCCCACGACCCCAACGAGCUGUCGGACUUCACGCUCAGGAUACAGGUCAAGGAUGACCAGGAUGCCAUUCUCACCCAGUUCUGCGUCCAGACGCCGCAGCCGCCGCCAAAGAGCGCCAUCAAACCCACGGGGCAGAGGCGGUUCCUGAAGAAGAACGAGGUGGGGAAGAUCAUCCUCUCCCCCCUGGCUGCCACCACCAAGUAUCCGGUUUUUCAGGACCGGCCGGUGUUGAGCCUCAAGUACGGGAAGCUGCUGAAGACGGUGGUGAGGCAGAGCAAGAACCACUACUUGCUGGAGUACAAGAAGGGAGACGUCAUAGCCCUCCUCAGUGAGGAGAAGAUCAGGUUGAAGGGCCAGCUGUGGACCAAGGAGUGGUACAUUGGCUACUACCAGGGCAAAGUCGGCCUCGUGCACACCAAAAACGUGCUGGUGGUGGGGAAGGUCAAACCCAGCUACUUCUCCGGGCCGGAUCUCACCACUAGCCUGCUGCUGGAGCAGAUCCUGAGGCCCUGCAAGUUCCUGACCUACAUCUAUGCCUCGGUGAGGACUCUGCUGAUGGAGAACCUCAGCAGCUGGCGCUCCUUCGCCGACGCCCUGGGCUACCUGAACUUGCCGCUCACCUUCUUCUGCCGGGCGGAGCUGGACAGCGAGCCGGAGAGAGUGGCCUCCGUCCUGGAGAAGCUGAAGGAAGACUGCAACAGCGUGGAGAACAAGGAGAGGAAAUCCUUCCAGAAGGAGCUGAUGACGGCCCUGCUGAAGAUGGACUGCCAGGGGCUGGUGGUGAGGCUGAUCCAGGACUUUGUGCUGCUGACCACGGCCGUGGAGGUGGCCCAGCGCUGGCGGGAGCUGGCCGAGAAGCUGGCCAAGGUGUCCAAGCAGCAGAUGGACGCCUACGAGGCCCCACACCGUGAUAAGAGUGGCUCAGUGGACAGCGAGGCCAUGUGGAAGCCGGCGUACGACUUCCUGCUGACCUGGAGCAGCCAGAUGGGGGACAGCUACAGGGACGUCAUCCAGGAGCUGCACACGGGGCUGGACAAGAUGAAGAACCCCAUCACCAAGCGCUGGAAGCACCUCACGGGCACCCUGAUCCUCGUCAACUCCUUGGACAUGCUGAGGGCAGCUGCCUUCAGCCCCCAGGACCACGAGGAUUUUGCCAUCUAGCCUGUGUUUGUCCACUUCUCCUUGGCUGGGAAUUUUUUUCCCUCUGUUUUCCCCCCCCACCCCCUCUCCCUUUGACUUUAAGGAGAAAAAGUGGAGGUUGGGUUUGAAGAGGCCAAAGUUUGGCCUUCAAGCUCUUCCCUUGGGUUUGAAGAGGCCAAAGUUUGCAAGUUCUCCACCAGGACUGGAAAUUAGCAGGAGAUAUCCCACCCUGAUGGGAGUUCAUCUGGAAGGGGAUGGCUUUUCAUCCAGUUAAACUAUUUCUUACUGAAAAAUAAAAAACUUUCAGGAGGGCAAAGGGGUGGGGAGGGAUCCCAAAAGAGAUCACGUUUUCUAGGCAUUUACAAAUAAAAGUCUAAUUUUUGUAAC